UGCUUGUGGCACAUCAACAAGUGUGUUUUGGCAAAGUGCAAACUCUUUGUUGGCACAGAUGAUUUUGCUGAGUUGGUUAUGAUGAAGUGGGCAGAGGUGGUGGAUGCUGCAACAGUUGAAGAAUUUGAAGUGAAAUGGAUGCAAUUGUUUAAUAUGUGCAAGGCAAAAUACAGCAACUUUACCUCCUAUUGUUCUACUACAUGGUUGGUUCACAAGGAGAAAUUCGCCAAGGCAUGGACAAAUCAUGUGAUGCACUUUGGAACAACAACAAGUAACAGGGCUGAGGGUGCACAUGCCAGUUUGAAGAAGAUGUUACGGGAUUGCAAGGGUGACCUGGCCACUUCAUGGGAUGCGUCGCAUAGUUUGACAUGUAAUCGACAUACUGAAAUAUUAGCAUCGUUUGAGCGCAGUAUUCACAGAAUUGAUCACAUUUUCAUGUUCCCAUUUUACACAAAUAUUAGAGGAUUUGUGUCAAACAAAUGCCUGCAGCUCAUCGACGCUGAACAUAUAAGAAUGAAGUCCUACGGCGGAUGCGAUUGCUUGUUGAGAGAGACUCAUGGACUACCUUGCGGUUUCACCAAAGCUAUGUAG